ACUUCAAUUUUUUUUUUAGGCAUACGGUAACUAUGCUAAUGUAUCGUGGAUCAUUGCUGCAAUACUGAACUUUAUUGACUAGGGGUUUAUUAUAGUAGUUGUUGCAAUUUUUUGCAAUGUCGAAGAAUCACAAUGUCAAACAAAAAACCUUAUUUCAAGCCUGGAACAAAAAGGAUCCAUCUAAACAGACUAAAAACAAUAACACGAAAUUCUCGAAAACUAAAUAUAACAAGUUUGACGAUGGAAAAGUUUUCAACGCUCAGCAAGUAGUAGAUAUGGAAUGCAUUGAUGCAAUAGAUUUGACAGAUGACGACCUUAUUGAAGCUGCUGAAUUAAUGGAAUCAACAAUUGCACCUCCCAGUCAUUCUAAUAGUAAUAUGAACCAAAAUGAAGUUGAAUAUAUUGAUGGAUUUGAAAACUCUCUUGGACAUAUUUGGAUUUACCCAACAAACUAUCCUAUUCGUGAAUAUCAAUUUUCAAUAGUGAAAAGUUCAUUGAUGAAAAACACACUAGUAUCUCUACCUACUGGUCUCGGAAAAACCUUUAUUGCUGCAGUUGUGAUGUAUAAUUUUUAUAGGUGGUAUCCUCAGGGUAAAAUUGUCUUCAUGGCUCCAACAAAACCUCUCGUUUCUCAACAAAUUGAAGCUUGUUAUAAAAUCAUGGGAAUACCACUGCAAGAUCAAGCUGAAAUCACAGGAAUGACGACUUCUGUACAUAAAAGAGAAGCAUUGUGGAAUUCAAAAAGAGUUUUCUUUCUCACACCCCAAGUCAUUAACAAUGAUCUGGCAAGAGGAGUCUGCCCUGCACUGGAAAUUAAAUGUGUUGUCAUUGAUGAAGCUCAUAAAGCACAGGGAAAGCAUGCUUAUUGUCAGGUUAUCAACCAGUUAGCAUCUUGCUCCAGAAACUUUCGUGUUCUUGCUCUAAGCGCAACACCAGGAACUGAUGUGAAAUCUGUGCAACAAGUAAUUACGAAUUUGUUGAUCUCACAUAUUGAAAUAAGAUCAGAAGAUUCCAUCGAUAUUCAAAGUUUUUCUCAUCAACGGAAAGUCGAAAAGGUGGUUUGCAAACUUGAUGAAACUAUGACUAAAAUGAAAGACAAUUAUUUAAAGGUUAUCGAAAUUUUCACCAAAAGUCUUGUUAAUCGUAGAGCAUUGUUUGACAGAGAAACCUCAAGUUACUCCAAAUAUGGUUUGCUAAUGGCAAGAGAUCAAUUUCGUAAAGAUCCACCUAGUGGAUUGAAUAAAUAUGAGAUGGGUUCAGUUGAAGGAGAUUUUGCAACAUGUAUUAGCCUGUUUCAUGGACUUGAACUUCUGCAACAACAUGGCAUGAGAUCUUUCUUCAUAUUUCUUAAAGCAAUGAUGGAGGGAGAUAAAGGAAAUAUGAGAGCAAAAUCUGUGCUUGGUGCUAACGCAUUGUUCCGGGAAAUGUACCAGAAUUUAACGAACAUGUUUGGUGAAUCUCCUAAUCCUACAGUAUUACUUACACAAGCUGGACAAACACAACAGUCACUUCAAAAAGGGCUUCCCAGUGCACACCCUUAUGUCUACAGUCAUCCAAAAAUGAAGAAGUUGGAAGAGGUUGUUCUUAAUCAUUUUAAAGAUUUUACAAAAAGUCAUGGUGAUGAUUCGACAAGGGUUAUGGUUUUCUGUCAAUAUCGAGAUAGUGUGCAAGAAAUUACAGAACUUCUGCAAAACCAUCGACCUCUUGUUCGCCCAAUGCAAUUUGUUGGUCAUUCAACCGCUUCUGGAAAAAUUGCAAAAUUUACCCAAAAAGAUCAAUUGAUGGUCGUAUCAAAAUUUCGAGAAGGUGGUUAUAAUACAUUGAUAUCAACUUGUGUUGGUGAGGAAGGUCUUGAUAUCGGAGAUGUGGAUUUGAUUGUUUGUUUCGAUGCUCACAAAAGUCCGAUUCGACUCGUACAAAGGAUGGGAAGAACUGGAAGAAAAAGAAAAGGAAGAAUAGUAAUGCUCGUUACAGAGGGAAAAGAAGAAAGGGAUUACAACUCCAGUCUCUCAAACAGAAAAAGUAUUCAAAAAGCCAUCACUGGUAAUUCAUCUCGUGGCCUGCAGUUUUAUCAACACAAUCCGAGAAUGGUUCCACAGGGAUUGAACCCAGAAGUUUUCAAAAUGUUUAUGACUAUUGAGAAAAAACCUGAGCCGACCCCUGCAGUUUCAAAAUUUGCGAAGAAGAAAAAUGCAAGAAAAACUGAGAAUUUGGAUAUUUCUGUAAUGUUGAAAAAUGUCGAAGCUCGAGAUCCAAUUUUUCUGAAUCAAGAACAAAUAAAGGAAUGGAACGAUAUGUUGAAAUUGAAUUCGAAAGAAAAAGAGAUGUUAAAAAUAUUGCCAGCAGGAAGCCGUAUGAUGUGUUUAGAUAAAAAGAAAAAUCAAAAUUCUCCAUCAACGAAGCAACCGAUGUUAUCAUUAUCAGAAUGGACAGAUUGGCAAACUAGAUUUCAAUCUCCGAGUGUCAGUGGUCAUUCUUCUGUCACAAACAACUUUGUUGAAAUAAUGGAGAUUUGUGAUCUGGUAAAACAAUCAGAUGAAAAAAGUUUUGAUGAAAACCUUGCUCCUUUUUUGGGUGGAAAAUACAACAAAUUAAAAAUUGGCACUGAAAAGAAAAAUAUAUUAGACAGUUUCUUGGUUCCAAAAGAAAAACCUCUCAAAAAGAUAACAAAACAAAAAAUACCAGACCAAAAAAUAGAACAGAAAAAUUUAUCGCCAGAAAUGAGUACGGACACUGACUUUGAACCAGCACCACUGAAGAAAAUAUUUCCAGAGAAGAAAAAUUUCAAAUCAAAAUUGCUUGAGUUUUCUGUUAAUAACGUGUCUUCAGAAUCUAACAGCAGAGAUGAUACUUUAACAGGAAUUGAGUCUAUUUUACAUGAUCCUGAAUCUAGUAGUAAUACCUCUGUGAGGAAUUUAAAUGGUACUAAGAUAGAAUCACAAGGGAAUACUGUUGUGGGUGAUAAACGGAAUGAUGAAGAUGUUGAAGAAAUUGAUAUGAUGCCUGAUUUUGAUAUUGGAGAUUGGGAAUCGAAUGACAAUUCAAGGGAAAGAGUGGAUGAGAAUGAAAAUAGAAAUAUUAACAAAGAGGAAGAAGUUUUAAAUGAGCAAAAAUUUGAACAAAUUACUACAUUUGACUCGAAAGAUCAAAAAAUUCGUCUUGCUCAAAAAAGUGGUAUAAACGUCCAAUGCGCUUCUGAAUGUCCAGAAUCGAACGAAAAUAGCCUUCUAAUGAAACUAAUUGAUAAUUUAUCAGCUAUUCCUACAGAAACUCCGGUUUUGCUACCAAUAAAUAAAAAUCAAUCGAGAAGAAAUUCUAUUGAAAUUGAUCUUCAAACUCCAUCUUCAUUUAGUUCUAUUGAUUUAGACUCAAUGGAUGAGUUUGAUAAUUCAGAUUUUGAAGAUUGUGAAACUAAACUAAAAAAUCAAGUUAAACCAUUGAAAAGGGCUUGUUUUGCGCUUCGAGAUGAUGACAAUGAGAACAAUACAUUUGAUGAUAGUUUGAUGCUGGAAAAUAAAGAAAAUACAAAAAAGGCUGUUAAUACAGUUUUAACCGAAACUGAAGCAAAAUUGGAAGACAAUUUCAAUGAGGAUGUAACCCACUCUGCGGAAAAUAAAACUGAUCGUGAUGUCAUACAAAAUAGUAAUGAACCUGACGAUAGGACUCGAAGCAGUUUAAUUCCAACGUCUUCAAAAAAUAAUUCUAUAUCUAAAAACGAAAUGACAACUGAUGCAGACGUUCAUACCAUUCAAAAUAGCGUAAACCAGACGAAGAAGGCACCAGACAAGCAAGCUACAUUCAAUACAUCUGCUGAUAUGUUCGAUGCGGAAUUUGAUGUCAAUUUUGAUUUUGGUAGUUUUGAUGAUUUUGAAAACUCUCAUGAGUCUUUUACUGAAAAAAGUCCCGUGUUAAAGACUAAAAGGAGAUCAUCGAAUAACUUCAAUCCAAAAUCUUCUCCAGAAAUUAUUUCAAUAAAACCAGAAGAAAAAGUGGAGACAUCUCUUGCUCAUGUAACGCUCACACAAAGGGUUGAAAAUCGAGCUCUUUUCGCUGAUUUACCAAAAUGCCAAUCUGAUGUUAAUAUACCAGUCGCUGAAGUGAAACCACAACGAUCUUCUUCAUUUAUUAAUCUAGAAACUAAUGAUGCCAUUCCUACGACAACGGAACACGUACAAGUGCCAACUAGAUUUGAGGGAAAUGGUAAUCCUGAAAUGGGAUAUUCUGACAAUGAUACAUUGCAAGAAAAAAUUCAGCAACCUAACGAUUCAUUGAAACGGAAAAGAGAAUUUAACGAUGAUAACAACAAUUCUACUUUUUGUAAGCGCCAGAGAAAAAUUUCAAAUGGUUCUAGUUUUGUUGAAUUCAAAAGUCCAAAAUUCGAAACUCCAAAAAUUUUACGAAGUUCGGAAGAUUCUGAAGAAUCUCCGAUAUGCAUACGGAAGAAACGGACAAAUAAACUACUCUUCUCACCUGAAAGUGAACUUUCUCAACUAGUUUUUACACCGAAUGACAAGCAAGAUCCUGAUGAACACAAGCGUAAUCUUCUCCGUAGUUUGCAUCCUAAAGAAUCACCAAUUAUUGCAGCGCAUCGUAAUAUAAAAAAAAUGACAACAAAUAAGCACAGUACGCCAAAAUGUCCGAAGUUUUCGAACGAUGAAGAAGAUUCUUCAGAUGAUGCCUUCGUUGGAAAUAAUAAUAAUCCUAAGAAGCAACGUCGAUAUCGAAUGAAGAAUUUUGUGGAAGAUGAAGCGGAGGUGAGUGAUGAUGGAGUCAAUGUUUCAUCGGAUGAAGAUGAAGAAUUACCUGAAGAUCUUGAGGAAAUGAGAAAUUUUAUGAAUGAUGCUACAGUAUUAACUCAACAUGUCGCUGCCGAUGAAAGUACCAUUGAUGAGCAUGCUAUGUAUUUACAAUCAAAGCCUGAUUUCUUUGGGGAACCUUCUAAAUUUGAAGGUCACAAUGGAAAAUUCAAACUUGCUUAUGGAGUUGGACAAAGAUUGGAUGUUUUUUCACAGGAAGUUUCAGAUGAUGUUUCAGGAUAUGAAGAAGAUAGUUUUGUUUGUGAUGAAAUAGAGCAUGAUGACAAUACUGAUCUUGGAGAAAUUACUUUGUUAGAAAAUCCCAGCAAUAUGUCUAAACAAAGAGUAACAAGGAGACAGGCUGAAUUGAACAGACUCAGAAAAAUGAAUUACGAUGAUAAACCUGUUUCACCUGUAGUUAGUAAAUUGAAAAAGCAAUUUCCUAAUAAAAACAAGCAAUCAAGAAAACGAAUUGUAUAUAUGGACGAUUCUACAGACAGUAUUGAAAGUGGGAACACAUCUUUGCAACGACAAAACGACACCGCCGAACGAAGUUCAAAAAUUUCUUCUGGAACUUGGUCGUGUCCAGCCUGUACUUUAGAAAAUUCAUCAACUUUACAAAUCUGCAAAUUGUGUGAUUCAGAAAAGCCAAAUCAUUCCGGUGUAAAAGACACGAAAUUUUAUAUGUGGGCAUGUGAUUUAUGCACAUAUGUGAACAGAGGCCCACAUACUGUAUGUGACAUGUGUGACGCUAAGUAUGUUGAUCCUACAUCAAUGGAAAAAUGUUCUACAUCGAAAAAUGUCCAAAAAAUCGUUAAUCCUAGUGGGAAUUGUUCAUAUAUUCAAAAUACGAGUUUGCAGAAAAAUUUUUGCGAUAAAAAUAAUCAUAUGCUAAAUAAAGUGCAAUCCAGCGAUACUUCAAAAAUCAAGAGUCCUGUUAUGAAGAGUUCAUUUCAUCAACGCUCAUUGGCUGAUGCUGUCCGUAAAGAAGUUUCUGAAGAAGAUCGAAAUUCGGAUCCUCGUUCUGAGGAUGUUUCCUGUGAUAUCAUAUCAGCUACCCCACAACCUCAACGUAAAAUGGAAUUCAAGAAAAGGUCGAAUGCAACAAUAAAAGAUACGACUCUCAAACUCUCUACCUCCUCGUCACAAAGUUCUCAAACUUCCGUAACAUCAUCGUUAGGUGGUAUUGAUAGAGAAGAACGAUUGAGAAGAUGUCGACAAAAACAGCUAGAAUUUAGAGCGAGGAUGGAGAAACGGCGUUCAAUUCAGAGCAGCGGGGAACAGAAAGCUUCAAUAUCAAGUUCAGCGUCAUCAGAUUUAUCUAAAACGACACCAGGGAGAACAACAAGCUCCAUUCUUUCUUCAAGCAAAACUAGUUUACAGUUUGAUUCGCCACAAUCAUCUCGAUCUGAUUUGAUUAAUUCUUCACUCAAUAGAAUGACAAGUGAACCAACAAACACGGACAAACUGGUUGUUUUAGUUGAUAGUAAAGAACUCAGCAGUAGUCAACCUAUUAUUACAACAUUAAGAUGUAAACACAAAGUAUACACUGUUGUUGCUUCAUUACCUCACUGUGACUAUAUUGUUGGUAGAGGGACAGCUGUGGAAAGAAAGAUGGUGUCAGACUUAUCACAGGUAUCUGGUCGACAGAAAAUAAUUUCCCGAUUUCAACAGUUGAAUAGAAAUUAUGAUAGAGUUUAUCUUAUAAUCGAGCAAGAUCGCAUUAAAAAAGGAGAUAUGUCGGGUGGUAGAGCACAGCAUUCAUCAUAUUAUGUAUCAACUGUGUGUUCUUUAUCACAAGCCAAUGUACGAAUUUUAUACAGUGAUAACCAGAAUGAAACUGCUGAUCUUCUCCAUAUGCUUUCAACACGAGAAAAGAAUUUAAAAAGGCCGGUAGAAUUUGAUGCUGCGGAGAAAGCUAAUGACGCAAAAUUUCGAACUGUACUUCGAUUGUAUACAUCUAUUCCGAAAGUGUCUUUUGUGUCUGCUUUAUAUAUGUGUCUAAAUUUCAAAAAUUUCAAAGAAGUGGCAGCAAGCUCGGUCGAGAAGUUGAUACAAAAAGCUCAUUUGUCGACCUGCUCUGCCGCGGAAGUUUAUAAUUUCUGUAGAAGAAAUUUUGAUCUACAAAUGACGCCAUCAAGAUGAUUUUGUUCUAUUUUCUUAUUAUUAUAUAAAUAUUUUCAUAUCCUGAUUUGUUGACAUAUUUGUUACAUGUUGACAUGCACUACAGCAAUAGACGAUUUAGUGUGGCUGUGCAGAUAUAAGUUCAGCUUUGGCAACAAUGAUUUUGUGUAGAAUGAAAUGUCAUGAUUUUUUUUCUAAAUAAAAACUGUCAAUUUCUUUGUGAAAA